AAUACAACAGAGAAAGAAGUGCGGACAAUUUUCACGGAAAAUUCAAGUUCAAAAAAACAAGUUCUUAAAUUAAACACGCAUGUGCCGCGCACGCAACCGUAUAUUCCUAUUUCGCAAUAAGAGCAGUCUUCCCGCCAAACGUGUAACUCAUUAGACACUAAUUAGCGAACGUGCGUACGCAUCAUCGAGACUGAAGACACUUGAACGAGGAAAGGAGAGAGGAGGGGAAAAAAUCGAGUAAUCAAAUCGUAACUCUUGAGACUGACUUAGAAUCUUUACUUACAAGAAACGGACUUUAUUUAUACGCACGAACGGUUUAUUUUUUACACAACUUUUAACCCGGAUAAUCAGCGCGCGAAAGUGCAACCGACAAACGUUCGUGCGCCACUCGAGGUUUUGACAGCUCUGCCUCUGUUGCAUCAGCCGUGUACAAACACUGCCGCCUUUGUUCGAAUACUUGACGCACUUCUGUCGCACGCAACGCGACUGUUUUCUUCAAUUCCCUCUGUCUUUCCAUACAAGGCUAGCCAGCUGCGCCAUUCUUGUUGUGUGAUUCUUCCCAUCAGCCACACUACACGCCGUCCCCAGACUAUCGUUGCACUUUGAAUUAUCGUUGUAGUUAGCUGUUGCGAUGUCACACACCGCAGGAAUGGACACAUCGGGCUCGCCUGUACCGGAUGCAAUUCCGCUUGAGAAACUGCAGGAGGAUCUGAUCAUCAACUUGAUCCAGGAAGUUAAAUUUCAACCAAAUCUCCAUGAAUUAUCCACCGCAACGCAGGAAGAUGAAAUCACUAUGAAUGUUCGGGACAAAUCUGCUUCUGUGUUACGAUGCCUGAAAGUGCUGUACGACUCGCGGUCCGACGUGUUCUUCAUGGCGAUCAAUUUGAUGGACUGUUUCUUGACCAAGGUUAAGGCAAGACAGAGACACAUGGCCUGCAUCAGCGUGUGCGCGUUUUACAUGGCCUCCCGCACCCUGGAAACGCCCAUGGACAUCGAGCACUUGAUCUCUAUCUCGCAGUGCAGAUGCACUGCCGACGAUCUGAAACGCAUGAGAGACAAAAUAGAAGGUAAAUUGGAAUGGGCGUCCGGCACUCAACCCAUCACCGCGCUGACUUUUCUGCGAUUAUUCAACGAUAUGUUCCACGCGGUGGCGGCACAGUUGCGUCUCGGUGAUUUGUAUGCCAGUCUCGUCGUGGAAUCGAAGUUGGAACACAGUUUGGAAAUGGUGGCUUGCAACGGCGAUUGCUCGAGCUUCAAGCCAUCGGAAAUCGCUCUGGUGCUGCUGUGCAUCUUCCUGGACGACGCUUUUCGUCAGCUGGACGCGAGUGGAGAUGUAAACGUGUUGACUGAUGGAUCAGCCAUCGCACACCGCAUAGCUACCACGCCAGCCUAUCAGAUACUGAAGAACGGACUCGCACGGUUCAUCGUGGAACUUCGAAGAGAAUGCAACAUUUCAGAGAAAAGCUUCCACUGUACUCGCGAAGCAGUGGACGUCGUGCUGAACAAGUACAAUGCCGAGGAGCAGACGCCCCACAGACAAAAUCUGAUCUGGCGAUUGUCGUCGCGCACUGCCAGCAUCCUACGUCCGACUGAUGGAUUUAUAUCCGUAUUACCCGCCAUCGCCGAGCAUGCCCCACUUCCGCCUUCGAAUAGGAUCAGAAAGAGUCACAAGAAGAAUCGCAGCACUCGACGCCAAAGGAACAAGAGACGCUAAAAGUGGGAUUGUGUCAUUAUUUUGAAAGUGCAAUAUCUGGAGCUAAUCAGCGGCCACCCAAUAUCAAUCAAAUAUAGCAAAGCGCGAGAUUUUGUUUCGGUGCAAAGAUCAAAAUUUGGCUGAAAGUACAAAUGUCCAUGCAUCACGAGUGAACGAUCUGUCUCGACCAUUCUCAUUUUAUUUCCUCACGGGGCGAGAUGUAAGGCAUCGUCUUGCUGCGUUAAUCUCGUCAGUUCUCAUUGCACGCGUAUACAUAUAUCUGUGCAAACGUUUUAACGUUUUAUAUUAAAAAAAAACAAAGGAUGCAAACUGUUUCGACUGAUUAAAAUCGAAUUAAGGUAAAAGUAAUUGUAUAAGGGGAGGGAAGGGGGAAGAAAGGCAGGUAAAUGCCGCAAAAGUAGCAAAAGGAAUCACUUUUAAGAAACUUGUGAUACGUUAUUCAUUAUAAUUAAUAUCAGUUAAUUAACCCCUUGCCGUACGAUUUAGUUGGCACCGCGCGGGCCGCACUGACUUUCGUUUAUGUCUGGCCCGUAAUCUCUACCACGAGUCUGACUCGUGAUUUUCAUGUUCAGUCCGGAUUCCGCACCACGACUCGUGCAGCAAGGGGUUAAUAUUAGUAAAAGUGAAUAUAAAAAUAAUGUCACGCGGUAGAAGAGCAUCGCGCGAAUAAACGUAUAUGUAUAUAUAGUGUGCAUAUUUUCGCGUUAUAAAUAAAAAAAAAGUUUAAAAGAAGUAUAAAUAAAAAAGAAAAUUGCGAAAGCAUCGAGAUAUAUAUAUAUAUAUACACAUAUACAUAUAUAUAUAUAAAUUUUGCCGUAUAUCGAUGUAUACGACAUAAUAAAUAAUGACGAUAUUUAAUUUUAAGAUACGAUUAUGUAACCCACUGUGUUCGAAAUGAUUUUUCGCCAUUAACUCGAUACGGAAAGUAAGAUACGCCUUAGAUAGUAUUCUAAGGAUAAAACGUUUUCUCGUUCUUGAGAGAAAAUAACACGUCUCUCUCUUUAAAUUAUUUCUUUUUAAUUCCGCGAGAAAAGUUACGUCGUACACUCUGGGACUUGCGGUAAUGCGUCCAGUUACCAAAAGCAUCAAUUAUCGAUUUGUUAGUUUUUAUCACAUGUGUAUUAUCUAAUUGCGUGAGAAGAUAGAAAAGAGGAAAAUGCAAAUGAAAAAUAAUACAUAUUAUACAGCUUGGUUCAUCGCCGUUUCUUAGGAGUGAUUCUUAAUAUACUGAAACAGACAAGCAAACAAUAUGAGAUUUAAAUUUAUAUUUUAAUUGUAAAUAAUCAUAAUUCAGCUAAAACAUUUCCAAACAUUUCUAUGUAUAUUUUACAUUUAUUUCUCGUCGAUUUGCACUGUAUAUGAACGUGUUCAAUGAUGAAACAAUUAUUUAUUUGCGACAGCAAUUUAAUUCGGGGAAGCUAGUCUGUGUUACCCAAAUUUACAAAUGUGAACGAAACGAGUAAAAAAAAAAAACAAAACAGUAGUCGCCCAAACAAUAUCAAUCUUAGCCAGUUUACUAGUCAUAAGUCGCAUCGUACCUCCAACUGAUGAUUAUGUGAAAAUACAUUCUUUUUUUGCCCCGCGGCAUCCUGCAACAUGAUACAUGGAGUACAUUUUAUUUCACGAAGCUUACUCUUUUCCAGUUUCUUGCUUUUUAUUUAAUAAUGCGGACGCAACAAGUAUUUCCAGAGUACUUAGCUUACUAACUCGAAGGCGAAUCGAGAUACGUGACGAGAGGAUAAUGCAUCUGGAAUAAGUGAAGUUACGUGUACCUCCGGGGAAAAAACCGAUUCUGGAUAUCAUUUUGCAGCGUAGCGAUCCAAAUAUGUUUAAAGAGAUUAACAACAAGAAGAAUUCGAUAACAAGAACGAAAGGAUUUUGUUCUCUCACAGAGAAAAAGAAUCUUCUUUUCGCGGAGAUAUUAUUUCGUUGUAUUAUAUGUAAAUAUUAUUUUGCUCAAGUGAUCUUGAAGUACUUUUUAUUUGUCAGUAUUGUAUGGUGUGUGCUUUGAGAAAAUGUAACAUGAAAUUUUUGAGUAUGUAACUAAAAUACAGAAGAUGCAGCAUGUUUUACACAUUAAUACAUUCAAAGUAUUUUUCCACAAAAAUCUUAUUCGUAUACUUCUUUUUUAAUUUAUUUUUCUUCGCUUCUCGUAUCGCGAAUGCGAUAUAUAGUAUAACUGAACUGGAAAGUCUGAAAUGAUUGGAACUGUGUAAUACAUAUUACUAGUAAGCAUUAUCGCAUUACCGUUGACAUGAUACUCAUUAGGUGAAUCAAUAAUCAUUGUAUUAUACGAGAUAUUAAUGUAUCGCAAAAAUACCAUUCUCAUUGUAUAAUCGUGAAAAACUGAAUGCAGGUAUUUUCAUCUGUAUUACGAUUCUAUGUAUAAGAGAAGAAAAGACUCGUCAAAUCGUCGAUUCCAGGACGCAAAAAUUAUUCUGAAAGUAAUUUAAAUCUUGCUACAACUUAAUUUUGUAACUCCUUCACGGAUACUUCAAUUGCGUGUAUUUAUAUAAUGUUAAACAAAAUAGUUAUUUAAUUCCUGAAAGAGUACUUUGGAAUCAAACAUUUUCUUCUGCGAUAUUGGAACUAGGGACUAAAAGGAUAAUCACAGCGAGGAGAACUUGUAAUAAGAAAUUAUAAUUUGUUGCAUUUAAAGAAACAGGGAAGCGAUGUCUCGCGUACUGUUGUUACUUUAUAUCAUGAUGAAGAAUUUGUAAUUUGUGCACAAAGCUCGUUUCUAAUAAAAUUAUACAACUGUA